AUGUCCAGCACCCCCAUCCUCCAGUGCCAGGACUGGGCCUCCAUCAGAAUCACCCCAUCCUCGUCGUCACAACACCCCCUCGACAGCCCCCAGUUCUCCAUCCCGCCCUCUAUCCUCCCGCACCUCGAACAAGCAUCCAAGCACCUUCACGCCUCACAAACCGUGGCCGUGCCCACCGAGACAGUGUAUGGGCUCGCAGCAUCAUCACUAGACCCCGAAGCGUGUCAGCGGAUAUACAAGAUCAAGAACCGCCCAUCCGACAACCCGUUGAUCAUACAUGUCUCUUCCCUCGACAUGCUCCGGCGUGUCCUUCCUCCAGGAUAUGUCUUUUCGCCACUCUAUCUUGCGCUUCUGAGUGCAUUCUGGCCAGGACCAUUAUCUCUCUUGUUCCCCUCCUUUGCUCCUCCUCCGCCCCCAGCACCCCAGACGAAUGCUAUCCGUAUGCCCUCCCAUCCCCUCGCCCUCGCCCUCAUCGCCCACUCCAACCUGCCCCUCUCUGCCCCUUCAGCCAACUCUUCCGGCCGGCCGAGCCCCACCCGUGCAGAACACGUCUACAACGACCUCAACGGUGCGCAAGGUCUGGGGUGUAUAAUAGACGGAGGGGACUGUGGGGUCGGGGUCGAGUCGACCGUCGUCAAUGGGCUGGAGUGGAAGCAAGGUGGGGGAGGGAGGGUGGAUAUACUGAGACCCGGGGGUUUGGGGGUGGAGGAAAUCAAGCGGAUAGUGGAUGAGGUCGACGGACAAGAAGGCAAAACUGAAAUCCUGGUGCAUGGAAAGCCAUGGCGGAAGGCAACUCUGCGGGAACCUCCAAAGCCCGUGUUGCCUCUUGGCGCGCUGGCUGACAAGAUUGUCCUACCUCCUUCGACCCCAGGAAUGAAAUACCGCCAUUACUCUCCCCGAGUACCCGUAUUCCUCGUCAAGCCGUCCAACACCUUCCCCCGCCCCUCAGGCGUUUCUCCAGAGACUCCGUCGCAUCCUUUAUUCGUCCUACAGCAGAUCGCUCAACGGAUAUCUCCUAAAGGCGCAAAGAAGCGGAUGGGCAUACUUCAUUUCGAAGAUUCGCCUUUCAUCACUCAGCUCAUGAGUUUGCCACGGGAUGUGGAGCUCAUUGCCGUCUCGCUCGGUCCCUCAGCGGCCACAGCAGCUCAACGUCUUUUCGCGGGCAUGCUCACCCUUGAGAGCGUUCCUUCUCCUUCCUCGGCUUCAGACGAGAAGGGAGGGGUCGAUGCUAUCAUUAUCGAAGGCUGCUCCGAUGAAGGUCUGGGGCUGGCAGUGAUGGAAAGAGUUGGCAAGGCGGUGGGAGGGGGAGGGUUACUGGGAGAUGUGGCGAAGGAUGAUGGGAAGGUUGUGGGGAGUGGGAAUACGUUUUGGGUUGAUGUUGUAGAGAUAUGA